ACCAUGCGGCCACGGUUUCAUCGAAAACUUACUCUCUCUGUGGUGGGUGCCGGUAAUGCAGGUUGCCACAGUUGGAUCAACAUGAGAGACAUCUAGCGGUGAAAUAAAAAACUGUUCGAAAUUGUGUCCCUCUGAUUGGUCGAAUUUGAAUUGUACGAGAAGCGAUUGUUGUGCGUAUUCAACGUACUUACAAUGUCAACGGCCAAGUGAUAUAGCGUGAUACCAUGUGCGUGCAUCAAAGAAGUGAUUUCUACUUACUAUUAUGAAAAAUUAAUGAUAGAAAUGCAUUACACGCGUAAUAUUAUCGAAUUUAUAGUUAAAGUUCGAAUGAAUUGAUAUUCGCAACGAUACAAGUAUUGUAAAAUUGGAAUAAUCGAUAGAAAGUUGUCGCGAACCUGUUGGCGUGGAUUGUAUACAUGACGAAAUAUUUUAAUUUCUCUUAAGACGAAUUCUAUAUCAAUUUGAAGAUGACGUCGUUAUCGUUGCUGGCGAGUCACGAUGAAGUGGUUCGAUGUAUGAAUGUACACCUAAACGGAGCUUGCGAAGAAGAAUUUCUAAAGUUUGCUGUGAACCAGGAAGAAAUGAGACAGAAAUGGCUAGCAUCUAUACAAGAAUGUCAACGUCUUCAUUCGGCUUUAGAGAAAUCUCAUCAAGAGGCAGCUGACUUAGAUAAAAAAUUAAGUCACGCUAGAAGACUUCUAGAUGAAGAGAAACGGAAAAGGCGUACCGUUGAAGAACAACGAAAUUCAUUGGAAAAACAAAUUGCUAUGGCCAGAGAUCUUUUAUUUAAUGAUGGUGGGAGAAAUUUAAACGAUGAAACCCGCGAAAAAUUACAAUUUUUGAAUAACACUACGUUAAACGGUCGUCACAGUAAUAUAUAUAAUAUUAAGGAUGUACAUCAAAAUGACAAAUUAAAUACUAUAGCGGAGCUGGACUCCACUGGCUCUAUUUUAAGCGACUUAAGUUGCUUUUCAAAGUCAGAAGAUGAUUUAGAUAUUAGUGCAAUCAUUCAACAAAAUCAUAAGAAACGUGAAUGGAAAGAGCACAGACCGAGUGGUGAAUAUUCCACGAAAAAACGACGUAGUACAGUACAAAAAGCUGCAGAAUUAACUUCGUCUGAUAGAAUAGUAGCCACAACAACAGUAGUGAUGCCGAAAGAUGGCAAUAUCACUGCAUCUUCUGUAAUUGAAGCUAUACCUGGGGAUGAAAACAUAGAUCCACAAGGACCUUUACAUAAUUCGCGUAAAAGACGUAAAAGUGGUGAUCGUAGUAAAUCAAAAUUGACACCCGUUGAUACGAAUGAUAUUCAAAUGGAUACUGCUCCUUCUGCGCCAAAAAUGGAAGCUCUUACAUCAGAAUCAGAUUCUGAGGGCGUUUUUAAACCUAGUCCAAACAUAGGCGGAUAUACUUUAAAUACGAAAUCGGCUAGAGGGCAUAGCUUCGUAGCGAAGACGGUAAUUAAACCGGAAGUUUGUACACCAUGUGACAAGAGGAUUCGAUUUGGAAAGGUAGCCCUGAAAUGUAAAGACUGUAGAGCUACAGCUCAUAUGGAAUGUAAAGACUUAGUUCCAUUACCAUGCGUACCUACUGGAAAUACACCUACGCUACGAGGAACAUCGGGAACGAUAGCAGAUUAUACACCGAUGAUCCCGCCAAUGGUACCAUCAUUGGUUGUUCAUUGCAUCAAUGAAAUAGAAUUGAGAGGAAUGAGCGAACAAGGAUUGUACAGGGUAAAUGGCGGUUUAACGGAGGUAAAAUGUCUAAAAGAGAAAUUCCUUAAAGGCAAAGGUGCCCCCAAUCUUUCGGAUGUCGAUAUAUCUACCAUAUGUUCUACUCUUAAAGAUUUCCUUAGAUCGUUACGAGAGCCGUUAAUCACUGUCGGAUUAUGGGCAGACUUUGUUCGGGCAACUACUAUUACUGAUAAACAAGAUGCUGAUGCUGCUUUAUACCAAGCAAUUUCUGAAUUACCUCAACCUAACAGAGACACGCUUGCCUUUUUAAUCUUGCACUUACAAAGAGUAUCGAGUAGCCCAGAAUGUAAAAUGCCAAUAACUAAUUUAGCUAAAGUUUUUGGGCCUACUUUGGUCGGCUAUAGUUGCCAGAAACCAUCGCCCAAUUCUCUUCUUUCAGAGACAAGUAAUCAAGUCGCUAUAGUGGAAAAUUUAUUGAAAAUUCCUUCAGAUUAUUGGGCAAAUUUCGUUAAUCCCGAAAAUCUAAACAAUAUUGGUACUCAUAGAACUGGCGAAUUACAGCAUACACCAUCUCAGGAAUCUUUACUUAAACGCAGCAUUUCCCGUGGCUUCUUUAAUACUCCACUUACUUCUAGUCGGACAUUUAUGAGGAAAAACAAGAAAUACUUUGCGGCAUCUCCCUCUAGAGUAGCUUACUGACAAGAAUAGGUGUAUAAAUACAGGUGUAUUAACAAGUAACAAAAAUUAUAAAUUUACUACUAUCGAUGCCGUAAAAACAACAGAUGCCUUGUGCAAACUAAUUGUAAGUGAACUUGAAAUAUAUAUAUAUAUAUAUAUAU